UGCCUCUCCCCUGCUGCUGGCUGCUGUGUACGGAACAGGAAGCGUCGGUCCGGCUCCGUGCUCCGGGCUCACAGAGGUUCCGCCUGCGGACGGCUCAGCAGCAGCUCCUCCUCCGCCUUUGCAUCGUUUUUUUUUUCGACGAGGCAGCGGAGGCACCGCAGACACCGGGCCAUGGCUGGACGGUUACCGGCGUGUGUAGUGGACUGCGGCACCGGUUACACUAAACUGGGGUAUGCAGGGAACACGGAGCCACAGUUCAUCGUCCCGUCAUGUAUCGCCAUCAAAGAGUCGGCCAAGGUAGGAGACCAGGCCCAGCGGAGGAUGAUGAAGGGAGUGGACGACCUGGACUUCUACAUCGGAGAUGAAGCCGUAGACAAACCCACGUACGCCACAAAGUGGCCGAUCCGUCACGGCAUCGUGGAGGACUGGGACCUGAUGGAGCGCUUCAUGGAGCAGAUCAUCUUCAAGUAUCUGAGGGCCGAGCCGGAGGACCACUACUUCCUCCUGACGGAGCCUCCGCUGAACACUCCCGAAAACCGCGAGUACACCGCAGAGAUCAUGUUCGAGUCCUUCAACGUCCCGGGGCUGUACAUCGCCGUGCAGGCCGUGCUGGCGCUCGCAGCCUCCUGGACGUCCAGACAGGUGGGAGAGAGGACGCUGACGGGCACCGUCAUCGACAGCGGCGACGGAGUCACACACGUCAUCCCCGUGGCCGAGGGUUACGUAAUCGGCAGCUGUAUAAAGCACAUCCCCAUCGCCGGACGAGACAUCACCUACUUCACCCAGCAGCUCCUGAGAGAGCGGGAGGUGGGGAUCCCGCCGGAGCAGUCCCUGGAGACCGCCAAGGCAGUCAAGGAGCGCUUCAGCUACGUGUGUCCAGACCUGGUCAAGGAGUUCAACAAGUACGACACGGACGGAUCCAAGUGGAUCAAGCAGUACACCGGCAUCAACACCAUCAGCAAGAAGGAGUUCACCAUCGACGUGGGCUACGAGCGCUUCCUGGGGCCCGAGAUCUUCUUCCACCCGGAGUUUGCCAACCCGGACUUCACUCAGCCCAUCUCUGAGGUCGUGGACGAGGUCAUCCAGAACUGCCCCAUCGACGUCCGGCGUCCGCUCUACAAGAACAUCGUCCUCUCCGGAGGAUCCACCAUGUUCAGGGACUUCGGACGCCGCCUGCAGAGAGACCUGAAGAGGACGGUGGACGCCCGCCUGAAGAUGAGCGAGGAGCUGAGCGGCGGCAAACUCAAGCCCAAACCGAUCGACGUGCAGGUCAUCACUCACCACAUGCAGAGAUACGCCGUGUGGUUUGGAGGGUCCAUGUUAGCUUCCACUCCGGAGUUCUACCAGGUCUGUCACACCAAAAAGGACUACGAGGAGAUCGGACCGAGCAUCUGUCGCCACAACCCCGUGUUCGGAGUCAUGUCCUAACUUUUCUGAGAGGAGGAGGAGGAGGAGGAGGAGGAGGAAGGUGGUGGUGAGGGAGGGGAGGUGGAUUCCUCAUCCAGGCUCUGGAUGUGUGACGAGCUGGAGAUCCAGACAGAAUAAAAUAAAUUAGAAAAAAAAAAAAAGACUAAACAGACGGGCUGGAAAAUAUUGUGAAUGUUCAUUUAUUGUUUUUUUUUUUUUCUUUUUUGAUGUGAGGGAAAACAGAAGAAAACUUUAAGAAGUUUUCUGGUUGUUGAGCUACAUGGAGGAGAGGAGGACGAUGAUGGUGGUGGUGGUGAUGAUGAAGAGGAUGAGGAUGUAGGUCGAAGAUAUUGACGAUACCAGAGAUGAGACAGACUCCUUGACGCCAGAACAAAGUAUUUAUCCUUAAAAAAAAAAAAGAAUAAAAGAGUCCAGGACAGAUCCGAGGACUCGUCCACCACUUCAGAACAUUUUCUGUUGUCUGUGUCUCACGGUAAGAGCUUGUUUAUAU